CACCAAAAUUUGAGGAAACAUGUCUGCCAUGCUACCUGCAAAGGCCAACCAGUUGGUUCAAAAGAGCCUGCUUACCUCCAAAUACAAGGUGCAGUCAGAUCUCGGCAAGGGAGCUUUUGGACAAGUCGUAAGGUGCAUGAGACUGGAAGACAAGAAGACCGUGGCCGUCAAAAUGAUUAAACUGCGCGACAACACUGCAACUGUGGCAUAUAAUGAGGUGGCUACUAUGAGGAAACUUAGAUCGCUUGACCCAAACAACAGCAUUGUUCAGUGGAACCACCACUUCCUUGACAGAGGACACCUUUGCCUCGAGUUUGAGUGCCUGGACAAAAGUCUUAUGGAUUUUAUGAAGGAACGGAAUUUCAAACCUUUCCUUCUGAAAGAGAUAAGACCAGUUGUGCAGCAGAUUGCCCAUGCUCUCAAACACUUGAAGGCUGCAGGGAUUGUCCAUGCAGACCUCAAGUUGGACAACGUCAUGCUGGUAAAUCAGCUGCGGGAGCCCUUCAGGGUCAAAGUCAUCGACUUUGGGCUAGCACGUGAGCCGUCAGAUGCCAAGUUGAAGGCAUAUAUUCAGACCCUUUCAUACCGAUCUCCAGAGAUCUUGCUGGGGCAUCCCUUCACCGAGGCCAUAGACAUGUGGUCCCUUGGCUGCAUGGCUGCUGCUAUGUACCUCGGGACCCUGCUCUACCCUGGUUUGGGUGAAUAUGAAAUGAUCAAGUUCAUCACUAGCACACAAGGUCAGUUACCUCAAGCYAUGAUGAACCGUGGACGUAAGACUCCUACAUUUUUCAAAUAUGAAGUCRGCUUCACCAACUCCUUCUGGAAACUCAAGACACCAGAGUUGUACCACAAGGAGACGGGGAAGCAACCAGUGGAGAAUAGGAGUUUAAAGUUCACCUCCCUGGAUCACAUUGUGGAUGUCCGACCCAUCAACACUUGCAACCCUGCAAAUAGAGCAGCAGAGAUGUCCGACGUCCACAUGUUUGUGGACAUGCUGAAGGCGAUGCUACAGCUUGAUCCCAAAACACGGAUCACACCCCAUCAGCUGCUGGAGCACAAGUUCAUCAGCAUGCGCCACAUCGCCAGCAUGGACCAACAAAGCAACUAUGUCAGGUCCAGUUUCCAAAUGAUGGAACUCUGUCAGAAGAACAUCCAGACUUCUGCCAGCAGCAAAGCUGUGUGUGGGCCACUGAUGCCUCCCCGGCCCAGUGCUACAUCUCAUGCUGAGUGGAGAAAAAAUUACCAGCCCCACCACAACAGCCUACUUUCCUGCACAACCACCCAGUCCAGUGGAAUUGAAUUGCAGAGAAAGAGGAAAAUUAACCAUGAUGAUGUGCUGCCUCCCAAGAAAAUCUGUCUCGACCGAUCAAAUGCUGAAUCCAGCACCAGCAGAAAAUACUCUGACACUCAUCAGUCUGAUCAGAGGGCCAGGCCUGCUGAUCACCACCACCACCACAACGCAGGUCCAUCAGGCAGAACCCGGACUGAGGGUCAGAUAGAGUUGAGCUAG